CUGUUCUCAUCUCAAAUUCAUCACGUGGAAGUUCGGAAAGCUUGUGUCUCGUUCAUGAGGCACCACCAGCAGAAGUUUGAAUCUUACGUGGAAGGAUCAUUUGAGAAAUACCUUGAACGACUGGGAGAUCCAAAGGAAAGUGCUGGCCAGCUGGAAAUGAGUGCUUUAUCAGUGAUGUACAAGCAAGACUUUAUAUUGUACCGGUACCCUGGAAAGCCACCCACGUAUGCUACAGACAAUGGCUUUGAAGACAAGAUUUUACUGUGUUGUUCCGGCAACGGCCAUUAUGACUCUGUGUAUACAAAACAAUUCCAGGAAAAUGCUGCUAUUUGCCAGGCUGUAUUAUAUGAGAUCCUGUACAAAGAUGUGUUUGGCAUGGAUGAGGAAGAAUUAAGGUCUGCAGUUGAGGUGUUUCGAAGUGGAUCCAAGAAGAACAGAAACAGUGGCUCUGUAGGAAGUGAGGAUGCAAACUUUGAUUGUCUUCAUGAAAAAGUAUCCAGAAAUCCAUCAGAAAAGAGAGUGGAUGACUGGGAAGGCAAUGAUACUGACAAUCCACAGGAAGAUAAGUUCAAACAAGGCAUUGAAGAAGAAAAGCCUCCAGAAAUUCCAUCAAAGUUGCCAGUUCCUUACAAAGUGCUAAAGGCACUGGACCCUGAGAUCUUUCGAAAUGUGGAGUUUGAUGUUUGGCUGGACAGCAGAAAAGAGCUUCAAAAAACUGACUACAUGGUGUUUGCUGGGAGACAGUACUAUUUAGGAGACAAGUGUCAGGUACGUCUGGAGCCUGGAGGUAAGUAUUACAAUGCUCAUAUCCAGGAAGUCGGACAGGAUGGCAACGCGCUGACGGUGUUUGUUGAGGAGCUGGCGGAAAAGCAUACAGUUCCUUUGGCAAACUUAAAACCAGUGACACAAGUGGCGCCUGUCAUUGCUUGGAAUGUGGUUCCUAGCCGAAAAGGAGGAACCUAUCAGAAAAUAACAGGUGGAUACUUCUCAGGAAUAGAAAUGGAUAUGAAAACACGGAAGAGAAUGCUUAAGAGAGUUCGUGGAAAGGAGGUCUUUAUGACUGUGGCUUAUAGCAGGGGUCAGCCAGUUCUUCCACCUCGGCUACAGCACAGUGUUCCUUCUGGGCGCUCUCCUCCAGUUCAGUGCUCACAGAGUGGUGGAAACAUGGCACCUUACGGACCCCAUCAUCCUCAGAGACAUAACCGUGGAUUUGGGGUGCCAAG